AUGAACACCUAUGACGCUUCUCUCACGCUCGCGCAAGUCAAGAAGGUCCUCAAUGAACACGAAAACUACAAAGAGGAAUUGACCACUGAGCUCGAGCAGAUUGAGAAGAAGUUGAAGGAGGUCUCUGAAUUAACGCUGACCCCAGGAGGCGAACUAUAUCCUAGCUGCAAGUUCGCCGUCAAAGUACAAUGUCGAUAUACUACUAACAGGAGAAUAGUUCGGAAAACAAAUAUUACUGCUGUUACUUUGGCUCUGGAAGAAAGCUUCACGGACGAGAGCUUUGGUCAUUAUAUGAGAGAGCUGGCGCGCACCGACACGGGCCCAUUCUGGACUAUCUGCGAGAUCCGCAAAGGGAAAACGAGUGGAAGUAACGAGAAGCUUCGCAAGAAGAAGCACAAGGAAAUACACAAAACGUUCGAUGCGAUCCACACCGAAAUCAAGCGGUUCCAAGAGUCCGUUUCCGGCUGGAUCUUACAGCAAGAUAUAGAGACACUACUAUACGGCUUGAAGUGCGACGAGGACGAAAAAGUGAAGCGUCACUAUCAAAUUCAGCUGCUAAAGGCUUGGAAAAGGAAAGAGAGCGCUAUGGUGGUCAUGAGUGGUCUGGAACAGAUGUUUCAAAGAAUGCGGAAGGCUGUUGGCUGUGAAGACGAAGACUCAAGUUGA